AUGGCCGAGCUCGCGCUCGCAGCGGGGAUCGCGUCGCUCGUCAGCAGCGCGCUGACAGUGUCGACCCAGCUGCACAAGCUGUAUACGGACUUUGGAGACGCGGGCCGCGAGUUCGGGGUUUUCAGCCGAGAAUUCUCGAUUUUUGCUGCAGUGUGGACGGCGGUCCAGCCGGUAUUGGCACAUCAUGGAGACGCGAUCUCAGACGAGCUGUGGGAGAGCCUGGAACGGAUAUGCGGCGAUACGACGAAAAUUUUCGAGCAGAUUGAGGCGUCGCUGCAGCGAUUUCAGCGGAGGGAUGAACCAAGGAGGAUAAGACUGGGGCUGGGGCAUGCGCUUGCGUUUCUGUGUUUUCCUAGGACUUUGGAGGACGACAGGAAGGCUUACCGCAGACAACGAGUCCGGAAAUACUUCCAGAGGAGCCAGUUGGUGAUGCAGCGGCAGCAGCUGGAGCACGCAAAGACGUCCCUUACGCUUGUCCUUGUGGUCAUAAACAUAACGUCCCAUGGCUCUGCCCACACAGUCGUCGACAUACUGUCAGAGCGAUGGAUGUCGCCUCCACCGCCUGGAGGCUCGAGGUCUGAAGUCAGUCGGCAUCAGCGCUACAGCCCUCAAGCCGAGGUGGCGAACGAGCUUCAUGAGCUGCGAACGCAGAAUGCAGCGCUGCGUGCGCAGGAUAUAGAGAAGGGCCGAGAGUUGCAUCAAGCGAGGGUUGAGCACUCAGACGUGAUAGACCAGCUCCGGGGCCAGAUCGUGCAUCUGUGGUUGGAGAGGAAGCGCUUCGAGGACAUUGCGCGCAAGGAAGAAGAGCGUUGCGUGGAGGUUGAACGGCAUAACGCGCGCAUGUUCCAGGACUUGAGAAGAGGUGAUGAGGAGUUUAAGCGACUGCAGAUGAGGUACGAUGAAGUUGUCGGAGAAUACAAGAGGCUACGAAAUGGGAGAGAUGGGAAUGUAGGCUGGAGGUAUAACAGGAGAGUACGAGACCCGGGGCGACAGGUACAAGGGGUACUGUUACCUGUCUGCGCGUGA